UCCUCUUCCCUUCUCCGCCUGUCAUUGGAGAUGAACACAGCGCGUUUGCAUCCUGGAAAGUAGUCGCCGCUACUAUUGCCCCCAAAGAGACAAGCACACAUGUAGGAAUGACAAAGGCUUGCGAAGGAAAGCACAACUCGCUGCCCGGAGAAAUCCCCUCGAUAAUGGAUUACUAAAUGGGAUACACGCUGUACCAGUCUGCUCCGAGCCCCGGCCGCCUGCCUGUCGAUGCACCUAAAAGGGUGAAGUAGAGAAAUAAAGUCUCUCCGCUGAACUACUAUGAGGUCAGAAGCCUUGCUGCUAUAUUUCACGCUGCUACACUUUGCUGGGGCUGGUUUCCCAGAAGAUUCUGAGCCAAUCAGUAUUUCGCAUGGCAACUAUACAAAACAGUAUCCGGUGUUUGUGGGCCACAAGCCAGGACGGAACACCACACAGAGGCACAGGCUGGACAUCCAGAUGAUUAUGAUCAUGAAUAGAACCCUCUACGUUGCUGCCAGGGACCAUAUUUAUACUGUUGACAUAGACGCUUCACACACUGAGGAAAUUUAUUGUAGCAAAAAACUGACGUGGAAAUCUAGACAGGCUGAUGUAGACACAUGCAGAAUGAAGGGAAAACAUAAGGAUGAGUGUCACAACUUUAUUAAAGUUCUUCUAAAGAAAAAUGACGAUACGUUGUUUGUCUGUGGAACUAAUGCCUUCAACCCUUCCUGCAGAAACUAUAAGAUGGACACUUUGGAACCUUUUGGGGAUGAAUUUAGUGGAAUGGCCAGAUGCCCUUAUGAUGCCAAACAUGCCAACAUUGCACUGUUUGCAGACGGAAAACUGUAUUCAGCCACAGUGACCGACUUCCUCGCCAUAGACGCAGUCAUUUACCGGAGUCUUGGAGACAGCCCAACCCUGCGGACCGUCAAACACGAUUCAAAAUGGUUAAAAGAGCCGUACUUUGUCCAAGCGGUGGAUUAUGGAGACUAUAUCUAUUUCUUCUUUAGGGAAAUAGCAGUGGAGUACAACACCAUGGGAAAGGUAGUUUUCCCAAGAGUGGCUCAGGUUUGCAAGAAUGACAUGGGAGGGUCUCAAAGAGUCCUGGAGAAACAGUGGACAUCUUUUCUUAAGGCUCGCUUGAACUGCUCAGUUCCUGGAGACUCUCAUUUUUAUUUCAACAUACUCCAGGCGGUUACAGAUGUGAUUCAUGUUAAUGGCCGUGAUGUCGUCCUGGCAACCUUUUCCACACCUUAUAACAGCAUCCCUGGCUCUGCCGUCUGUGCCUAUGACAUGCUUGACAUUGCCAGUGUUUUUACUGGGAGAUUCAAAGAACAGAAGUCUCCCGACUCCACAUGGACACCAGUUCCUGAUGAACGAGUGCCUAAGCCCAGGCCGGGUUGCUGCGCUGGCUCAUCCUCCUUAGAAAAAUAUGCAACCUCUAAUGAGUUUCCUGAUGAUACCUUGAACUUCAUCAAGACACACCCGCUCAUGGAUGAGGCGGUGCCCUCCAUUAUCAACAGGCCGUGGUUCUUGAGGACGAUGGUCAGAUACCGCUUGACCAAAAUUGCAGUGGACACUGCUGCUGGGCCAUAUCAGAAUCACACUGUGGUUUUCCUGGGAUCAGAGAAGGGAAUCAUCUUGAAAUUCUUGGCCAGGAUAGGAAACAGUGGUUUCCUAAAUGACAGCCUUUUCCUGGAGGAGAUGAGUGUUUACAACCCUGAAAAGUGCAGCUAUGAUGGAGUAGAAGACAAGAGGAUUAUGGGUAUGCAUCUGGACAAAGCAAGCAGCUCUCUGUAUGUUGCAUUCUCCACCUGUGUGAUAAAGGUCCCCCUUGGCCGGUGUGAACGUCAUGGGAAGUGUAAAAAAACCUGUAUCGCCUCCAGAGACCCAUAUUGCGGGUGGAUAAAGGAAGGAGGUUCCUGUGCCUAUCUGUCACCCAGCAGCAGACUGGCUUUUGAACAGGACAUAGAACGUGGCAGUACAGAUGGCCUGGGAGACUGUCAUAAUUCCUUUGUGGCACUGAAUGACAUUUCAACUCCUCUACCAGCUCAUGAAAUGUCUUACAACACAGUGUAUGGGCCUAGGAGGGGAUGGAGUCAUUCAUAAUCUUUUCAUUGCUUUGGCCCCUGGAGAGCUCAAAAUGCCCGGCAGAGGCCUCCCUCCAGAGUCUGAAAACUCUCUCGCACCUGGAAGAAACAGAGUGGGGAUUCUAUUCUUUCUCAGAUCUGCCAAUUUAAAGCAUGAUUUCAGAGAAAUUUCUAAGCCAUUGUGUGCCUUGCUUCCUGCAAUAGGAAGGUGGAAAGAAUAACCAUUUAGCACCUCUUGACUGGUGAGAAAUAGCUGGUGGUUAAUGAAUCAAUGCAGAGGAUUUUUCAGAUACAGUUUUUAUUCCCAAUGCCCCAUUUUCAAUUGGUGAGAACAGAAGGCCCAGGGAUUGGUAGAAGAUGGCAUCUCAGCACCCCAGGGUGGAGAAGUCAGCUCUGAACCUGGAGGAGGGGGGAGGGAUACCACCCCACAAAGGCCCUUCCCCAGGGCCCAGACCAUGCCCUUUGCAGAAAUGCAUUGGUUUUGGAUUAUUCAAUUGCACCCGAGCAGUCAUUCAUUGCAAAUAACCCAUUUUACCCUCACGUUUUUGUGGAAUUAUCCAAGAACCAGUUUCUUCUCAUUUUUACAAUAGUUUCUUUUAUUAUUCUUUUGGAAAAAAACACUGAGUACCUUUAUAGAUUUCUUUUGAUUCACUUGAUGGAUGCUGAUAUUAAAAUUCUGUUAUACAAUUAGAGAAAUAGUUCAUGUCUGUGACUUCAAAAGCAAGGUUACAGUCACCCCAAAGAUGACCCACCAAGUUUAGAAAGCCAUUAAAAACUUCUCCACAAUGUACUGCAAAACCCUCGAUUCCACAAUCAUUGACUAAGCGCCUGACACAGAGCCCGGUGGAUGGCUGAGAUUGUAAAUGCAAAUAAAACACAAUGCCUGCCCUCAGGAAGCUGACUCUAGGGUUUGUAUUCCCCCUGGGAAGCUAACUAUAAUGGCUGCAUUUUGCUCAUUCCCCUUUUCCGUUUUACUUAUUUCAAAAUUUAGGACCUAGAGGCAGUCAUGAACACUUUAUUCCAUUAACUAAGUGUGAUGUCACAAGGACAGGCAUCCUCUUACAAGAGGUCAACAUAGCACCUCUGGCUACAUUUGAGCAGCACAAGGUUGGAUCUGGGAAGCACAGUCCUGUCUCCCUCCCCUGGGAGACUGAUAGCAAAUGGACUCAAAUGGAAUAGCUGUGAUUCCCACUCGUAAGCCCUCUGCAGCCACUGACCCACCACUUCUCUGUGGCUUCUUUAGUUUUGUCCAGCAAACUACAGCAUUUAAAGUUCUUUCCUAUUCAUUAUUUCAUUCGAUUCUCUUAACAACCCCAUAUGGCAGUAAGAUUAAGUGUGUUAAACCCACUUCGCAGAUGGAAAAACUGAGGCCCAGAGAUGCUAAGUGACUUGUCAAAAGGUCACCCAGUCAGAAAGUUGGAGUCUAGAUUCCAGGCCUUUCGAGAUCUGCUCUGGCAUUGCUCACGCGACCCCACAGGGCCUCUCUGGCAAGUCGGGGGUGUCCAGUCUUUCUCAGUGACCAUCGUCACAAAGUUGACUCCCUCAUUUCCGUGACUGCUGCCUUGGCCUUUUUCAUGAUAUAAGCAGAAAACCUUAUAUUUGGAAGGUAUUUUCCAAAAAUAACUAUUAACUUCUGAUCUGCUUGAACUGUGAUUUCAACUUAGUGUCUGGUCUGUUUCUAACUUUGGACAUGGGGUUUCUGAGUUUGCACAGGCUGAGGAGGGGAGCCACCUGCCUCCGGUGAAUGUCGAAAAGCUGAAGAGAGGCAGAAGGGUUUUUAAGGGCACUAUUUAUAUAACAAAACGAGACAGGGAAACCUGUCUGAGACACCAUUUUCCUCAAAGGUCAGAUCUUACUUGACAUGUUAACAACCAAAAAACCUAAACUCAAAUGUCACACACUAAAAAAGAAGUUUUCUCGGUGAACAAGCAAGUGAUUUCCAAGAGUGUAAGGGAGGCAAGGACUUUUACCCCAGAACCUUCAGACAUGCAAAAAGAAGGAUAGUUGGGAGCUGCAGGUGGGGUUUAGAAGCUGUGCAGAAAUUUGAAAACUUUGCAGUUUUCCCAAUUGAACAAGGAAUGAAACGUGGAUAGCAAUAGCCUCAUUCUUUCCACGUUCCUCAAGCUGAGAGGGCAGUUUGAAUUGCAGAAUGCCAGAAUCAAUUGCGGGUAGUUAGACCAUCACAAUUUAUUAGGAAGACACAGUCCACAUAUAUAUCCCUUGCCAUGAAAAAAAUUUAUGUAGUACCCACCAUCGGCGAGGUCUAGCCUGCUUUAGACACCACUGAAAUCAUCAAGUCAACAAGAGAAAUUACACCUAUUUUACUCACAGGUGUACGUUUUUGUGCAGUUAUGUGUAGGUGGUUAAAAAUGAAGUUCAAUAGAAGUACCCCAUACACAGUAAAGAUAGAAAGAAAAUCAGUUGCAAUUUCAGCAUAACAACAAGGAAAUGCAAAUUUGAGGGAGAAAUUUUCAUUAGCACAGUUCCUUAGUGACUAACUAUUAAAACAUAUUUGAAUGCAAGACACCCCACUGUUUGGGGAGCGCCACAACAUAAAAGGUGUGAGUUAUAGCCCAGUCUCCCUGCUGUUCUUUGCUUCUCAGUUUCUAUCACUUAAAAGUUCAUGAAAAUAAUUCGGAAAAUAUUUGAAACGUGUCACAUUUGGAAAUUAUGCAAUAUCUUACCAUUUUAUACACUCUUCUUUCUCAGGGCUGAAUUGCCUCAACUGCCCUUCAUUACUGAGGGCAUUUGUUUAAUCACAGAAUUUUGGUUUCUCAGAGGAAUUUGCUGCUUCUAUUUCUUCCUCACCUGAAGUCACAAUCCUUUGUCACAGAACAAUUAUUUCCACAGCCACCUACUGUGAUGUCACAAUUGAAGGGAGGAGGGCAGUUUAAAAAGGAGAGGGAAACAAUACGUUUCAGGCUAAGAUUUCUAGGUUUUAAAAGCAUUCUCUUCAGUAAUCAAAAUAUUUUAGCAGGAGGAAAAAACAUGACAAAGCUGCAUUUCUUCAAGGUCUUGGCUAUGGCAUAAAAAGCAUUUUUGCAGUUUAAGGGCUGCAUGUUGUGGGGUUGGGAAGGAGUCAAGAUUUUUAUUUCAUUUUGUUCUAAUUCUGUGCCACUGAUAUCUGCCAGUAAAAUACAUUAAACAUAUUCCAGAAAGAGUAGAUUUAGUAGAUGAAAAAUGUGUCUCCUGAGACGGGAGAAGGUACAUUUUCUGUCUUGCCAUCAUUUCCAUAAUAGGAACAAUGUUUACAUUUCCUCAGCCCAUGGAGUGCCUCUAAUGUAUUCAUGUUCUUUCACUCUCCAGAGGCAGGAAUUGAGGUAUUUGAGAUUUUAUUUUUUAGCUACCGCAUCAAGCACUUAAGAUCUGAGAAUUGUGAUGCGAAUUCUCACUUGGUAUUAAAAAAUAAGAGCUUCGGUGUUUGCAUUUGAUUAGAGUCUCUCAGCUUGGUGGCUGAUUAAGCGGGAGCGGGGAAAGCAACUUUCUUCAAAAACCCAGCAUCUUGGUUAAUGGAGUGUAAGAUUAUUGACGGGUCUAGUCACAUAAUUUUUAUUAAAUUGAAGAGAUUAACUCUGCUGAAGAUUCUCUCCGUGACAGCAAACUCCUAGCCAUAAUAAUGAGACUUGUCACUUCUCAAACCAGCAGCAGAACCCCAAAUUGUCUUUUUUUCCUAAAUGCUCGUUCAGUUCCAGUAAGGAGAGAGCGUCAUUCGAAUAAUCAGCAUAUUUACCUGAAGUUGAAUGUAUGUGGGUGUUUUUGUGGGGGCGGGAGUAGGUGAAAAAUCAGCAUAAACAUUUGAAAUCUGGGAACUUUAGCUAUUUUCUUUCACUGUAAACAACACAUGCCCUCUUUCUUCUAGUCGCUUCGAAUGCAAACAUAGCUUCUCUUCAGACAGAGGCGUGUCACCCGCAAAGAGGUCACCAGAAAAGUCCUGGACUGAAAGCCUGGAGUGCUGGACGAUUUGUUCAUUUAACAAGCAUAAAAUUGUUGCCUCUUUCCCCCUCUCCCCCACUCAAAAUAGCUGGGUUACCCAGUUCUAUGAGGGGAAGACUUCAAAGAGGCAAGGAGGGAAAGAUGAAUAAAUGAGCUUUAAAAACUGGAAACUGCAUAUUCCAUGGUGCAGUAGAAAAAACACAUACUUGAGAGAGCAAAAAGCACUUUUUCAGAAUACAAAGAAGGCAAGAAAUGAGUUGUUUAGGGAGGAUUAAUUAGCUAAUGCUUGGCAAGCUGUGUCUCCAAGACAAGCUAUGCAGAGGUGCUACUGUCACUUACGACUGUUAUUAAUUAGCAAGGUGAAUGCCAAACAAAAAUAAGCGUUGUGGUGUGCUCUCGCUUCUUAACAACAUAUGUGAUGU